ACUGCAUGCUGCUGAUGCUGUCCUUCUCCGCCCUUGGCCGCCGGCGCCACCGUCUCAGCUCCUCUUCGUACGUCUGGCCACCGUUCUGCAGAUGCAUCCAGAACGACGCUUUCCUCUCCUCCUCUGGCAACCCCUUGACAGACUCCUCCCACAUUCUCCGCCUCUGUGUAGCAAACGCAAUCACCUCUUGGCGUCUCUCCUCGUGUGAUCCGCCAUGGGGAAACAGCUUAUCGUGCCGUAAUAGCCCACUCGAUUCCGCGCUUGCCAAGACGUUGAAACGAAGAUUGACCCUCUCAAGCGAAUACUCUAGGGUCCUCACGCGUUUACCCAUGGCAAGGACCUCUGCCUUUGACGGUACAGUGGACGUGUCUCUUCUGAGCUGGGCCCAGAGAUCCUUCAAUAUCCGUUUUUCCCCAUCAGGGUCUGAGGUGACGGUGGCUUUACUCAAUCAGCCGUGCGCCAAGGUCGACUCACUCUCCGACUCGAGGUCAUAAUACAGGCAUAUGUAGUGCUUGACAAUCUCCAUCUUGACGCUCGGCUCAUCUUGAAACGCGUCUCUUUUCACAUUCAAAUCUCCGACAAGGGUGACCAGCUCUCCUAGAAUUGGCGCAGGGGCGACAGGAACAUGUGGAUGUACACUAUUCCACUGCUCGAUGGCCGCCACGGCUUUUGCGACUCCCACAUCCGACAUGAACAACCUGCUCCCUUUGGUGACGGAUGCCAUGUACUGAGCUCCUGGACAAAUUCUUCCUGAAACGUCGGGGAGAAUGCGAGCCUGAGAUCGAAGAACGUGUCGCUCCAUGCCUUCUUCUGGGUCUCGAGCCAGCUCAUGUCUAGGCGGGGGAUGUAGCUUUCAAGACUCUUCGGCUAUAAAUAGAGUCAACAGGUGCAGCGGUGGCGGGACCUCGAUCCGCUGCUGCAGCCCCCAGCC